CGCGAGCGGAGAAACGGAGCUGCUGGUAAACUAGAGCUAGGUUGAGUCCGUCGCCUGGCUGGUAGUGCGGAGGGUCCGCUAAAGUGCCGCAGAAAACCUUUAUACGGACGAACUUGUACUUUAUCUUUCAUUCUAAGCGUGUAGGAAGAGCCGCUGCGACAUUUCCACGCAGCGGAGUUUAGCUGUGAGGCGCGCGAGAUUGUUUGUGCGCGAGGUUAGCCAGUUAGCUUGUUAGCCUAGCAAAAACAGGCUAAUAAACCGCGACUUAAAUGAAGUUCUCCGCGCAUCUUGCUUGGUACAUGCGGCUUUAAUUAAACCCAGGGUUUCUCUUUUUGUUUCACCCGAAUGUUUCAUAACAGACAGAGACAUCUCGUUUUUGAAGUAAGAUAACGUGGUGGGCUUAAACGCUUUCUCUCACAAGGGGGUUCACGCGCUCCAUUCAUCCGCUGCGAAUUCAAAAUGUCGGAGUUUGACGAGUUUGAGAGACAACUGACCGAAAACAAGCAAGGUGACGGCGUUAACGGCCAUGAGCGGGACAAAGAGAACAGGCACAGGCGCCGGAGCGGCUCGCGUAGUCGCAGUCGCGAGAGGAAGAGGAGGAGCAGGGAAAGGAGGAGCCGCGAGCGACGCAGCAGCAGCAAAGAUCGCAGGCAUAGACGCAGUCGUUCCCCUCCGAGGGAGAAGAAGAAGAAAAUCAAAAAGUACUGGGACGUCCCUCCACCGGGCUUUGAGCACAUCACACCGAUGCAGUACAAGGCCAUGCAGGCUGCCGGUCAGAUUCCUGCCACAGCGCUGCUGCCCACUAUGACUCCAGACGGACUGGCUGUUACACCCACUCCGGUGCCGGUAGUAGGAAGCCAGAUGACCCGUCAGGCUCGAAGGCUCUAUGUGGGCAACAUCCCGUUCGGCAUCACAGAGGAGUCGAUGAUGGACUUCUUCAAUGCUCAGAUGAGACUAGGCGGUCUGGUCCAGGCGCCAGGAAACCCCGUCCUUGCUGUCCAGAUUAACCAGGAUAAGAACUUCGCCUUCCUUGAGUUGCGUUCAGUGGACGAGACCACACAAGCAAUGGCGUUUGACGGCAUCAUAUUCCAAGGCCAGAGUCUGAAGAUCCGUCGGCCACACGAUUACCAGCCGUUACCGGGCAUGAGCGAGAAUCCCAGCGUCUAUGUGCCAGACGUUGUGUUUCCAGGAGUCGUGUCGACUGUAGUCCCUGACUCUGCUCAUAAGCUUUUCAUUGGAGGCCUCCCUAACUAUCUCAGUGAUGACCAGGUAAAAGAGCUGUUGACGUCCUUUGGGCCUUUAAAGGCGUUCAACCUGGUGAAGGACAGCGCCACAGGUCUUUCCAAAGGCUACGCCUUCUGCGAAUAUGUCGAUGUCAACCUUAACGAUCAGGCUAUUGCAGGACUAAAUGGGAUGCAGUUAGGAGAUAAGAAGCUUCUGGUCCAGAGAGCGAGUGUAGGGGCCAAGAACGCCACUCUGACAAGCAUAAACGAGACCCCGGUGACGCUGCAGGUCCCAGGCCUGAUGAACAGCUCUAUGAAUCAAAUGGGCGGAAUUCCCACCGAGGUUCUGUGCCUGAUGAACAUGGUGGCUCCAGAGGAACUCAUCGAUGACGAUGAGUACGAAGAGAUCAUAGAGGACGUCAGGGACGAGUGCUCCAAGUAUGGGCAGGUCAAGAGCAUCGAGAUCCCACGCCCCGUCGACGGCCUGGAGGUGCCUGGAACUGGAAAGAUCUUCGUGGAGUUCACAACAGUCUACGACUCCCAGAAGGCCAUGCAGGCCUUGACGGGGAGGAAGUUCGCCAACAGAGUGGUUGUGACCAAAUACUGCGACCCAGAUGCCUACCACCGCCGAGAUUUCGUCUAAAUCAAGAGCACGCACGGGCGGGGGGACAGCGGCGAAAAACGAGAGGGGCGUGCGGUGCGGGAGGAACCAUUAUUAUAAAGGCUGUAUUAUGACCGAGGGUUUUGGGGGAGGGGGGAGGGGGGCGGAGGUGGAAGGGGUAAAUUGUCUUGUAGGUGGCAUUUAAUUUUUCUUUGUUUUUGUUUUGUUUUUUCUUGUUUUUUGUUGUUUUUUUCUCGCUAAACAUAAACAGCUUCGGCACAAUGGAAUUGCAUUUUAAUAAAGCAAAGAGGAAUUGAGUUUAUUCAUUUUGUUUAAUUGCUAAUUGUUUAGAGACCUGAUUUGGGAGGGGGCAGGGCGGGGGAGGUGAUAUUGGGAGGAGUAUCAGUACAACACUGCUUCUAAAAAAAAAAAAAAAAAAUGAAAAAAAAAAAACACAAACCACCAAAUGUUGUCAGUGGCAUGAGUGAAGGGAAUAAAUUGCUUUCUUUCACUUCACUUUUCACUUUGAUCCCUCAAUCGACAUACAGUUUCGCUGUCGGUGACCUAACCACCUUACUUACUUCUACGACUACACUCAAUUUUUUCAGUCUUUUUAUCGCCGAAGUUAGUUUAGUUCGACUGUGUUAGUUUCUAUCCAGCUCUGUCUGUCCUGUUUCCAGUACACAUGACUGCCUCUUAUAUCGAUAAUGUAACUUUCAAGUCUAGCAUGGCACCUUUGUGUCUCUCUCUCUCUCUUUAUCUGUGUGAACAUAACCCUCUUUUGAUAAUAAACUUAGUGAGAAUUUCAAAAAGUUCACCAGUGGCGUGCGUUCUUCUAAACCUCGGCCCAUUACUGUAAUUUUUUUCCUUAUGAUCAAAGAAGAAAUCUUGUCUAUUCUACAAAUAGCAACUUUUUCUCCCCUUAAAUUGUAGUAUAUGAUGCCUGUACACGAUCUGUAUGUUUGUUUAUUUGUUUUGUUUAGACAUACGUUUCAUAGUGUUGGUAAUGAAGUGAUUGUUUUGCUUCUUUGAGGCCCGAUGAAGAAAAACAAAAAAUAAAUAAAUUCUGACCCGACAGACAACAUAUAAUGAAAUAAAUUCCAGACUUGCUUGAGUUCUACUUUUUCCAUGACUUAAGCCAUUUACUGUAAGCUUUAAGCGCACUGUAGUGUAUGAUUUAACACUGAUGUGUAAAUAAAGAUUUCUUCAGAUUUCA